AAAAGAAAGGGAAAGUUUAGUGAGGUUCUGCAUUCGUUUGCGAUUCGUUCCAGCCAUGGUUUCUCAGACAACAACAGCGGCGACGUCCGAGCCCAUCGUGGAUGUGGAGAUGGAAAGUGCCGAAGAUGCGGAGACGGCAAAGAAAGACGCCGAACUGCUGGCAGUACAGGAAAUCCGUGACCAUGCACGACAAAUCGAUAAGGCGGUCGUAAGUAAGGAACCUCGCUUCAUUCUGCGGGUUCUGCGCUCGCUACCGACAACGCGCCGAAAGCUGGCCCUGGUUGUGGUCCGUUCGCUGGCCGUACAGCUCUAUCCAGCCGGUUCGGAGCGAGACGGCAUCAUGGCGUACAUCGAAGAUUAUCCGGCGGGUGCUCAGGAACCGGAAUUGCCACGACCGCGGGCAGCGAUCAAGAGCCCCUUGCCAGAGGUUGACGCUUACUUCCAUCUGCUGCUGCUGGUACGCCUGCUGGAUAAAAACGACCUACCGAAGGCGACCAAAUGUUCUCAGGAUCUGAUGACGAAAAUUGUGGGUCAGAAUCGACGAUCGUUGGAUUUGAUUGCUGCCAAGUGUUACUUUUAUCACUCCCGGGUGUCUGAGCUUAAUAAUGAUCUGGAAAGCAUUCGUUCGUUCUUACACUCCCGGCUGCGUACGGCAACACUGAGGAACGAUUUCGAGGGUCAGGCCGUGCUGAUUAACUGUCUGCUGCGUAACUAUCUGCACUAUUCACUGUACGAUCAGGCUGACAAGCUGGUAAACAAGUCGGUUUUCCCGGAAACGGCUAGCAACAACGAGUGUGCCCGCUUCCUGUACUAUCUGGGACGUAUAAAGGCGGCCAAGCUGGAGUACAGUGUGGCUCACAAGCAGUUGGUACAAGCGUUACGAAAAGCACCCCAACAGGCGGCCGUUGGUUUCCGUCAAACGGUGCAAAAGUUGGUGAUUGUCGUGGAGCUACUGCUGGGAGACAUUCCCGAGCGAAAGGUAUUCCGGCAGGCUGCGUUGCGUCGGUCUCUUGGUCCGUACUUCCAGCUGACACAAGCGGUUCGUAUGGGUAAUCUGCAGCGCUUUGGUGAAGUGUUGGAAAACUUUGGCGAACAGUUCCGGCAGGAUCAUACGUUCACGCUGAUCAUUCGCUUGCGUCACAAUGUCAUAAAAACUGCGAUCCGUUCGAUCGGGUUGGCGUACUCGCGCAUCAGCCCGCAGGACAUUGCGCGGAAGCUGGGACUAGACUCGCCCGAGGAUGCGGAAUUUAUCGUUGCGAAAGCUAUCCGCGAUGGUGUUAUCGAAGCGACGCUGGAUCCGGAGAAGGGUUACAUGCGCAGCAAGGAGAGUACCGACAUUUACUCGACACGCGAACCUCAGCUCGCUUUCCAUCAGCGUAUUUCGUUCUGUUUGGAUUUGCACAAUCAGAGCGUAAAGGCAAUGCGAUACCCGCCGAAGUCGUACGGGAAGGAGCUGGAAAGUGCUGAAGAGAGACGAGAGCGCGAGCAGCAGGAUCUAGAGCUGGCGAAGGAGAUGGCCGAGGAGGAUGAUGAUGGAUUUUAAGUGUAGCAUGUCGAACGACGA